CAUAACGUAAGCGCGUGGCAAAGUUGAAAAAAGAAAAUAUUAAUUAAAAAAAAAAAUAAUGCCAUAAAAUAAAGGAAUAAAGUGAAUAAUCCCAAAGAAAAAGAAAAAUUAAUAAAUUAUUAAAAAAUAUAAAAAUAAUACUCGAAAGCCAGAGAAAAAGAAAUACCAAAGAAAAAUCUGUAAAAUUAUUAAAAAAAGAGAGAUUUAAAGAUAUAUGCUUUGAAAUAAAUGUUGUUAAAAAGAAAUAUAAAAAAAAAUAAAAUAUUAAUGAUAAUAUAAUUUAAAAGAAAUUUAAGAAAAGUUAAAAAAAUACAUAACAAAGCUUAAGUGCGAAAAAUUUGGUUUUAAUAAAACGUAUUAAAGGAAAGAAAAUUCCUUUAGUAAAUAUUGUGUAAUGAAAGUGAAAAUAUAGUAUUGAGAACAAUAAAGAAAACGAAGCAGAUGAAAAAAAUCGACAAAGUGUUUUUAUUCCCAAAAAGCCAAUAAAUUUAAAGGAAAUGAGCUCUUAAAAUGUGCAAUACAUUAAAAAGCCAUCAGUGAAGAAAUAAAGACAAGAGGCCAAUAAGAAGAAAAAGAGAAAAAAAAAAACAGAAAUAUUAAAAAAAUAAACAAAAAUAUGUCAUAAAGUAAUGACUUUUAUGUAAAAAGAAACCCUAAAAAGAAUUGGGAAAAAACAAUGUCCCCCAUGAAAUUUAUGAAACCACCAGAAAUCAAAUGAAGUGCCAUAUGAAAGUAAUUGAGCCCUUGUCAGCGGUGCAUUAAGCACUGUCGAGUGACAAUUUCGGCCUUGGAGAUAGUUCUCAUUUUUGUUUUUGUGGUUGAAAGUUGAACAGAGAGAGAGAGAGAGAGAAAUAACCCAUUUACCCUGUUAAACCAAAUGCCGCUUUAAUUCAUCUCAACAGACAGACAAUUGGCGCCUGCCAUCACUUUUGCCAGGCCACACUCAAGCAAAAAAGUAAGCUUAAGGCAUUGGUGGUUCAUUAGAUUGGCAACUUUAGUUGCCUGCUUCCCCGUUUCAAAGUUUUGAACAAAAGAGUGAACAUUUGUGUUUUUUUUUCGCAUUCAAACAACUGCCACUGGGGCAAAUAGUGUAGCAAAGUGAUAUAGAAAAAAAAGACGUGAAUAAACCUCAAUAUUUUUUCUCCAACUGUUUUCAUCGCCUUUGCUGUUUUACCGUUUUGCUGCUUGCUACUGUUCCUGUUCCUUAAAGAGUCCACAUCACUGGCGCGCGUAGUUUAUUUGGUCUGGCGCUAUCAAUAUGUAUCCAAGGAAAUUCGCUUGCCAACCUCCCCUCCCUUUAAAACGCCUUAAAUGUAUGCUGUAAUUAUUUAAUGAAGAAGAAAAUAAAGAAACCUCCACGAUUAAGGGAACCUACAUUUAUGUCUAUAUAUAUAUAUGUACAUGUAUAUGUUUAACAAAUAAAUAGCAAACAAAAGAAAAAAAAACACUAGGAAAAAAACUCACAAAGAAAAUAAACACCAACAAAAUGUAUACUUAUGACUUAAUAACAACAACAACAACAACAAAGACUGAUGUUAUAAAUGUUGAUGAUGAUGCUAGAUACAAUGUUGCUACACAAUCUCAAAUUGCAAUGUUGCUAAACAAGGGAAAAGCUGCAGGAUACCAACCACUACAAGAACAACAGCUGCAACAACAACAAGAACAACUUGCACUAGUAGCACCACAAUUCCAAUGCCAUAUAACAAAGGAAACCAAAUGAUUGCUGUUGACCUCUGCACAUACAGCAACAAAAGAAAAAGGAAACAGAAACAGAAAGACAGACAAACAGACAGACGGAGAAAAAUCCACUAGAUAUACUACAAAUCAAGCAUACAACAUCUCUGAAGAAGACCCACAUUCGUACACACACACACACACACACACAUCGGAACACCAUCUUAAGCAUUAUUAAAAUAAAUUAAAACCAAAGAGUUGGUUGUAAGAAAUACCGCAAAGAGUAAGCAAACAAAAAACCCUUAGAAUAAGGGAGAAGGCGAAACACAAGGACUUACUUCUCACCCCCUCAUAGCAUACGAAAAACCCUAAAGCCUUUACUCUAACUACAACAUUAACAAAGGCCCUACAUCACAUAGAGGAGACGUGUAGUUAAACAGCAACAAAAUGCCGGGUGGACGAAGAGGAUUAGUGGCUCCACAAAACACAUUCCUGGAGAAUAUUAUACGCCGUUCUAACUCACAACCGGAUAGUUCAUUUCUCUUAGCCAAUGCCCAAAUAGUGGAUUUCCCCAUUGUGUAUUGCAAUGAAUCCUUUUGCAAAAUCAGCGGCUAUAAUCGAGCGGAGGUCAUGCAGAAGUCAUGCAGAUGCGGCUUCAUGUAUGGUGAGCUGACAGACAAGGAAACGGUGGCCCGUUUGGAGUAUACACUGGAAAACCAGCAACAGGACCAAUUUGAAAUACUGCUCUACAAAAAGAAUAAUUUACAAUGUGGCUGCUCUUUAGCACAAUUCGGAAAAGUCUCACCAGAAACUCCACUAUGGCUGCUGUUACAGGUGGCGCCCAUACGCAACGAAAGGGAUUUGGUUGUACUGUUCCUGCUAACAUUCCGCGAUAUCACCGCCCUCAAGCAACCUAUAGACAGCGAAGACACCAAGGGUGUUUUAGGUCUAUCCAAAUUUGCCAAAUUGGCCCGAUCGGUAACGAGAAGUCGUCAAUUCAGCGCACAUUUGCCAACGCUGAAGGAUCCAACGAAACAAUCAAAUUUGGCACAUAUGAUGUCCUUAAGUGCGGAUAUUAUGCCACAGUAUCGACAGGAAGCGCCUAAAACACCACCUCACAUUUUAUUGCAUUAUUGUGCAUUUAAAGCCAUUUGGGAUUGGGUCAUAUUAUGUUUAACAUUUUAUACAGCAAUUAUGGUGCCAUAUAAUGUCGCUUUUAAAAAUAAAACCUCAGAAGAUGUUUCAUUACUUGUUGUUGAUUCAAUUGUAGAUGUUAUAUUCUUUAUUGAUAUUGUUUUAAAUUUUCAUACAACCUUUGUGGGUCCCGGCGGUGAGGUCGUCAGUGAUCCAAAAGUGAUACGCAUGAAUUAUCUGAAAUCAUGGUUCAUCAUUGAUUUGCUCAGUUGCCUGCCAUACGAUGUCUUCAAUGCCUUCGAUCGGGACGAGGAUGGCAUUGGUUCCUUGUUUAGUGCUUUAAAGGUUGUUCGUCUGCUGCGCUUGGGUCGAGUGGUGAGAAAAUUGGAUCGCUAUUUAGAAUAUGGAGCGGCCAUGUUGAUAUUGCUGCUGUGCUUUUAUAUGCUGGUGGCCCAUUGGCUGGCCUGCAUAUGGUAUUCGAUAGGAAGAACAGAUGCCGAUAAUGGGAUACAAUACAGUUGGCUAUGGAAAUUGGCCAAUGUCACACAAUCACCCUAUUCUUAUAUAUACAAUAAUGAUUCCACAGAACUGAUAAAUGGUCCCUCUCGCAAGAGUAUGUAUGUGACCGCAUUGUAUUUUACCAUGACCUGCAUGACAUCGGUGGGAUUUGGCAAUGUUGCUGCCGAGACGGACAACGAGAAGGUGUUCACCAUCUGCAUGAUGAUAAUUGCAGCUUUACUUUAUGCCACUAUUUUCGGUCAUGUCACCACCAUCAUUCAGCAGAUGACCUCGGCCACAGCUAAGUAUCACGAUAUGCUGAACAAUGUACGUGAGUUCAUGAAACUGCAUGAGGUACCGAAGGCCUUAAGUGAGCGUGUUAUGGAUUAUGUGGUAUCCACGUGGGCCAUGACCAAGGGUUUGGACACGGAAAAGGUACUAAACUAUUGUCCGAAAGAUAUGAAGGCUGAUAUAUGUGUUCAUCUAAAUCGCAAAGUAUUUAACGAGCAUCCAGCAUUUCGUCUUGCCUCGGAUGGAUGUCUGCGAGCGCUGGCCAUGCAUUUCAUGAUGUCCCAUUCGGCACCGGGUGACUUGCUCUACCAUACGGGUGAGAGUAUAGAUAGUUUAUGUUUCAUAGUAACCGGAUCCUUGGAAGUAAUACAGGACGAUGAAGUUGUGGCUAUAUUGGGCAAAGGUGACGUCUUUGGUGACCAAUUCUGGAAGGAUUCUGCCGUUGGCCAAAGUGCGGCCAAUGUGCGUGCCCUUACCUACUGUGAUUUACAUGCCAUCAAACGUGAUAAAUUACUCGAAGUCCUCGAUUUCUAUUCAGCUUUCGCAAAUAGUUUUGCUCGUAAUUUGGUACUCACUUAUAAUUUGAGACAUCGUUUGAUUUUUCGCAAGGUGGCCGAUGUGAAGCGCGAAAAAGAAUUGGCCGAAAGGCGAAAAAACGAGCCUCAAUUGCCUCAAAAUCAAGAUCAUCUGGUGCGUAAGAUAUUCUCGAAAUUCCGACGUACGCCCCAAGUGCAAACCGGCUCCAAGGAGGCAGUCUCAGGCCAAAGCGAUGUGGAGAAAGGUGGUGGCGGCAGUAGCGGAGGCGGUGCCUCCGAUGCCCCUGAAGCUGAUCGUAAUAAGAAGUUACCUGCCAAAUUAACAUUAACCGAGGAUUCCCGUGUGUUAACAACCACCGCUGCCGCACCCUCACCAUCUCCCUCUCCAUCACCAUCAUCGGGUCCACCAUCUGCACGUAGUACACGUGCUAGCAAAUGGGGACGCCUUUUGGGUAGUUCAAGUGUCGAUUCGGCUAGCGAUACCAGCGCCAAAGUAGCAGUUUCGAGAAGUUUGAGUGCCCGCGAAAGUCUGCGUGAAAGCACUGCCGCCCAAGCGAGGCAGAGUAGUACUUCGAGUAGCAAUGGUGGACAAGGCAAUAAAGUUUUUCCCAAAGCUCCCAAAUUACAGGCCAGCCAAGCCACCUUGGCCCGUCAGGACACCAUUGAUGAAGGCGGUGAGGUGGACUCUUCACCGCCCAGCCGUGAGAGUCGCGUUGUGAUAGAGGGCAGCAGUGCUCCCACGGCCGUUAGUCUGGCUCUUACCGCCAAAGAUCGCAAUUUGGCUUUGGAGCGAGAGCGACAAAUCGAAAUGGCUUCAUCGCGUGCCACCACAUCGGAUACGUACGAUACGGGUCUUAGAGAACAGCCACCGACAUUAGCGCAACGUGAUCUUAUCGCCACCGUGUUGGAUCUCAAAGUAGAUGUACGCCUCGAAUUACAGCGCAUGCAACAACGUAUUGGUCGCAUUGAGGACAUGCUGGGGGAAUUGGUGAAACGUUUACAACAUGAUUCCUCCGGUCAGACAACACCUGCUGAUGAUAACGUGUGUGUAUGCGGUAGUUCGACAUUGGCAACAACAGCGGCCAGUGGCAGCAGCUCAGGGGGCUUAGUUGGUAGACGUCCUGAAGGUGGGGCAACACAUUCCACCGCCACAACACCAGCCGCCGAUACUGUCAUAACAAUAUCAACAGCUCCACCCGCAUCUGGCAUAGGCGUCGGUGGUGCCGGUAGUGGAGUGGGUGUUGGCGCAACCAGUGCAUCCUCUGCUCCAACGACAACAGGUGCAGCUGCGGCAGUAGCGGUUUCAACUACUGCAGCAGCAACUAGCUCAUCCAACCUGCUGACGCCGGUACAAAUGGUUACCACAACGGGUGGCAAUGGUCUUGGACCUUUGAUGCUUAAGAAGCGGCGUUCGAAGAGCAGAAAAGCACCGGCGCCUCCCAAGCAGACCCAUUCGCAAGCCGCUGCUACUAGUGCCGUUGUCCAGAGUCCCGAACAACAACGUCUACUUGAAGAAGAAUUACCCCCAACACAACCAUCGGCCGCCGCAACCACUGUCGUCACCACAGCCAGCGGUAGUGGUACACAAGCUGCCUCCACAUCCACAACCAGUGGCACAUCCAGCGGCUCAGCAGGUGGUGGUGGUCGCUCCAAGCGUGAAUUUCUCUAGCCCAAGAUUUUAGUACGCCAUCAGUCGGAUAAUAGCAGUUUUGAGCAAUAAUAUUAGAGUAAACCUCCCACAGCAGCAGAAGCAGCCGCAUUCACAACACUCAGAAAACCCUAUCACCAGAAUAGUCUCAAUCAAAAGCUUCUCUUUUAUUAUCAUGGAAAAUUAACGCUUAAGCUGUUGGCGUGCUAAAUUAUUUUAUUUAAGUUUAAAAAUAACAAAACCAAAUUCCCACUUAAUCUUUAACCUUAAACUCCGCCUAUUUCUUUUUGUAAGUCUUUAUAGCCUUUUGUGAAUGUAUAUAAAUAUCAGAUAUAUUAACCUUAUAAGUAAGCCAAAAGUUCAAAAGCAAACUCCAUUAUUGAGAAUAUGAAAAUGGUUCACUAAAUUUGGAUGGCAUUCCUCAAAGAAAUUUACCUUCUUCCUUACUACACAAUCUAGGAAAAUUUAAAAAAACUUCAAUUUGAACGGACCAAGAAACUAGUGUGAAUGCAACUUCACAAUGAAUUUUUACCCUUUUCACCAUUUGGUGAUUUGGAUUUCAAAGCAGCCAUUUUGUGCUUACUGCUACUUCUUAAUUUCCCAUAAACAUUCCAUAUCAAUGAGUGCUGCCCGACUAAAGGUUAAGCUCACUGAUAAGGGGCCUCCUUUUAAAUGCCGAGUCCGAACGGUGUACCGCAUAGCGACACCACAUGAAAGAGAAGUUUUAAU